CGGAGCUCCGUGAGGAGCGGGGCAGAUCUCUCCCUUUCCUCCACGUCUCCCUCCUGCCAUCUCGCUCGGUCCCUUUCUCUGAUCUAUCUGGUCGAUUUCGCCGUCGCUUUGCCUUCAGAAUGUCUACCCCUGCGCGCAGGCGUCUGAUUCGUGAUUUCAAACGUCUCCAGGACGACCCACCUUUGGGCAUCAGCGGUGCCCCGGGCGAGGAGAAUAUCAUGCUUUGGAAUGCUGUCAUCCUCGGUCCGGAGAGCACUCCCUUUGAGGAUGGCACCUUCAAAUUGUCCAUGCAGUUCAGCGAAGAUUAUCCGAACAAGCCGCCUGUGGUGAAGUUUGUUUCACAAAUGUUCCAUCCAAAUGUAUACGCUGAUGGCCACCUGUGCCUGGAUAUCCUACAAAAUCGCUGGAGUCCGACAUACGAUGUAUCUGCCAUCCUCACCAGUAUUCAGUCCUUGCUCCACGAUCCAAACCCCAACAGUCCGGCCAACCCCCAGGCAGCCACUCUCUAUCGGGAAGACAUCCGCUCCUAUAACCAGCGGGUCCGUGCCACGGUAGAAAGCAGCUGGGAGGACUUCUGAGUAUGUGCGUGCGUGCACGGCGACUGGUACCCCUCCGAGCGGCCGGCUAGCUGCCCCCACUCUCCCCCUCCCCCCCUCCCCCCCCUAUUUCCUCCUGCCUUUCCAGGGAACAGCAUCCCACUCGAAUUUCCACGCCCCACUGCCCAAUACACACUGUACCUUCUCCA